UUGAUCUCACCUUUCGGGUUCCGGGCGGCACCAGACUAGCCGAAGGGAUCUUCUAGUGUUGGGUUGUAAAGUCACUUGGCUGUUGCCUUCAGCCUUCACCUAUUCGUCGUCGUCACCCCCCUGCCACUUCUCACCUUGAUGACUUCGCUCCCAGUAGCUUCGAAACCACCUUGAUACGGACAGCUUGCGAGAACCAAUGGCAUACUUGUGCACAAGCUGGUAUGCAUCAGUUCUCCGCUCUUACGUUGCUUCGGUUUCAAGUGCCUGCUGCAUGCAGAUGCAAAAAGCUCGCUCCAAGCGAUGCAUUGAAACCGACCGGUAGUAACUGCCUUGCUUACUGCUGCUCACUCGUUUGGCCUCGUAUCAAGGGUCUCGCGUUCGACCCUCUCGCACAACACCUGUCUCCGAUAGGGAACCUCACUUUGAUUGAGACGCCAAAUGCUUCGUCGGGCGCUGGCUUGGACAAGUGGAGCAGCAGUCCUCAGACAUGCAGCAUGUUCGCCGAGAGGGGUUCGUACGGUACCUCGCUUGUCCUGCCUGAUCAAGUACCAAUGAGGCUGGAAAGCAACCCCCACGCCGUGUGGAUGCGCAUAUUGUGCCACCAGGUGGUCAAGGUCUGUCACAUCACAGGAUUUGCAAUUCACGCUUCUGGUUUGAGCACAGUAUCGGAUCUCAACUGCCAGGCAUUGCAUGCGGCAAUUGCAACUGCAGCAACAGCAUCAAUGCUCCAUGACGUCCGUGUACUGUGCCUCCUCCCAGCACAGUGGCACGUUUGAAGGAAAUGCACUCCAAUGCUCUGGCCUCGUACCGGUCCUCAGGAAGACUUCCUGCAAGUCCCCAGGUCGACCCAGAAGUUGUGCGGCGGGAGCGACUGGCAGGAUCUUCGAUGAGGGUACGCCCGCGCUGUCGUCUUACGGCGUAAGCGAUCAAGCGAGGUGGCAGGAGCCUAUGAGCUAUCGAGAAUCUCGCUC